GAAGGGUCACCGGCAGACGCCGCUGGGGGCUGCGUUGUACAGGAGGCCGGCGGCGGAACGCCCCCGCUCCGCAUGGUUGCCGGCGGAGAGAGCUUGCUGCCGGCGAGGAGGAGCAGAAGGGGAGCCCGGGUACAGCCCUGUGCCCCCCGCCUUCUCCCCGCCAGAGUGUCCCGGCGGUCGUGCGGAGGAGCCCCGCUGUCGGUCAGCGUUGCCUUUGUGUCCUGGAGCCUGCAGGCACCCGGCUCUGCCAGGAUCGGGGAGCGAGGAAGGCGGGGCUGGAAAGACCUACCCCAGCUCUGCUGAAGCAAAACAACGUGCGCUUUCUGCCUCUUGUUUUUUUGUAGCAGACGUCACUGGCAAUCCCCUAAUUUAGGGGAGACUGAGUCAUCACUCCUGAGCGCCCAGACUCGCCGGUGCAGUCGCUGCUCAGUGCGGCCCUGGCGUUGUGCUCGCUGCAGGAGCGGCGGCCUGGCUGCGCGCCUCAGCGGCUGAGCCCCUGCUCAGUGAUUUUGCUGCUGCUGCCAUCAGCUUGGUGCUUCCGAAUUGGGGUUUCCAGGGAAGAACAGGCACCUGUUUAGCAACACUUCCAGUAUCGUCCCUCCCACCCUCCCGUGGGAGGCAUGCACAGAGAUACUUUCUGAGGAGUGGAGACAGUACCUCAGACCAAACAUUUUGAACUGAUCCCGACCCGCUGUUUCAGGCAGAUGUCAGAGGGCACUUGUUUUCUGAAGAUCCCUGAGCUAACAGACUGCCAGCGUUCUCUGUCCUGAAAGGCAAUGCAAAAAUAGAUUCACUCCCUAAAGUGACCGAAUUGACUUGACACAAUGGAGACCAUUACGCUGAAUUAGUCACACAUUUCCUACAAACAUCUCCCUUAAAAACCUCGCUGAGAAGAAGCCGCGCUGGGGUGAUACCGAAGCACGAGGCUGGGUACAGCUGCGGGCCGACGGUGUAUGACCAUGCACACCUCGGGCACGCCUGCUCCUAUGUUAGGUUUGAUAUAAUUCGUAGGAUAAUGACAAGGUUUUUUGGAAUUGAAGUUAUCAUGGUGAUGGGGAUCACGGACAUAGAUGACAAGAUAAUAAAAAGAGCCAAUGAGAUGAAUAUAUCGCCAGUAGCUCUUGCUCGUAUUUAUGAAGAAGACUUUAAACAAGAUAUGGCUGCCUUAAAGGUCCUUCCUCCUACGGUGUAUAUGAGGGUGACUGACAAUAUUCCUCAAAUAAUUUCCUUUAUAAAAACAAUAAUUUCCAGUGGACAAGCUUAUGCAACCUCUCAAGGCAAUGUUUAUUUUGAUGUUAAGUCCUGGGGAAAAAGAUACGGAGUGUUUACUGCUAUUAACCCUGAUACCCAAGAUGAAGCAGUUGAUUCUGAUAAACGACAUGGUAAAGAUUUUGCCCUGUGGAAGGCUGCCAAGCCUCAAGAGCUAUCUUGGAAUUCUCCCUGGGGAAAAGGACGACCUGGAUGGCACAUUGAAUGUUCCACAAUAUCAAGUGCAGUGUUUGGAAAGCAGCUGGACAUCCAUACCGGUGGAAUAGAUCUUGCAUUUCCUCAUCAUGAAAAUGAAAUUGCACAGUGUGAGGUGUAUCAUCAGUGUGAGCAGUGGGGGAAUUACUUUCUGCAUUCUGGGCACUUGCAUGUCAAAGGAAGUCAAGAAAAAAUGUCAAAGUCAUUAAAAAACUACAUAACGAUUAAGGAUUUCCUGAAGAAAUGCUCGUCAGAUCAAUUCCGAAUGUUUUGUUUGCGUGGCAGAUACAGCUCAGCAGUAGAAUUUAGUGAGGAGAGCAUGGAAGAUGCAAAGAACCUUCUUCAGGCAAUCUCCUCAUUUAUUAGAGAUGCAAAUGCUUAUAUAAAAGGACAGCUGGUGUGUGACCCUGUUAGAGAAGACAUAUUGUGGGAAAGGCUAGCCAACACAAAAGUAACCGUGAAGGCUGCGUUUGCAGAUGACUUUGACACCUCCAGGGCUGUUGCAGCAAUUAUGGACCUCGUUCACCAUGGCAACAGACAGCUUAAGGCUGUUACUAAGGAUGCUGGAUCUCCUAGAAGCUCUGUUGUGUAUGGAAGCAUUAUUUCCUAUAUUGAAGGCUUUUUCGGUGCCCUUGGGAUGUCCUUUGGAGAAAGACAGGUGGCUGUGGGAGGAGACAAGUCUGCAGUGCUCUCCAGCGUCAUUGAAGAGCUGGUGAGGUUCCGCUCGAAGGUGCGGCAUUACGCGCUGGCUCUGCCGGAAACGGCAGACGCCGCGCCAGUGGAGAGUGCAGCAGGAGCCGAGGAAUCCCAACAGGAGCAGAAGGAAAAGAGGAAGCAGUUAAUGCAGGAGAGAAAGCCCCUCUUGGAGGCUUGUGACAGUCUGCGUGGAGACCUUGCUGCCUUUGGAAUCCACAUAAAGGACAGAGCUGCUGUUUCAACCUGGGAAAUUGUGGAAGGAGGGCAGACAGAGAAGAAAAGCUGAUCCUUCAUCCUUGGACUUGUUUUUUAUUUCAGCUACUUCAGCAACUGUUGUAAAUACUAAUUCUUUCAAAAUAAAAUCUGUUGAACAGAAUGGCUAAAAA